GCCAUUCCAGACGGGACAAUUGUUUUCAGGUCUCAGAUGCGGCCCAGUCUUAAGUAAUUGCAGAAACAGCAGCGGGUUUCUCGCUUUCGGUUGCCGGAUUUCCGUGCCUUCAUUCUUGUUCAGGCCAACAGGCCCAGGGAUGGGCCUUGUGCCUCCCUCACAUCAGCCAACAACACCCGCCAACGAGCCCAACGGCCCAGCGGCCUGGAAUCCUGCGUGAUUAACUCAAAACGGCAAAAGCUGCCUCGUCCCCCCCAUUGCGCCGAAGUGGCUCUUCUGGAAAAGCUAGAUUCUGACGUGCAUCCAUCCAUGCAUGAUGGCUGCUCGCGACAGUGCCAAAGUUGCCGCCGGUCUUGGCAGCGCCUCCGGCGUCAAACUCGACGCAGCAGUGAUUGCAGCGCUCCCCAAAGGAUGCCGCGUCCUCGCCGCUGCCGACCACGGCGUCAGCCAGUGGGGGAAGACACAGCGGCUUGACGCCGAGCUCGCCGACGGCACACGGCGCCGAUACUUUCUCAAAACGGUGCACAACUCGCGCAACAGCACCAGCAACAAGAAUAACGCCACCGCCGCGCCUGCCACCGCCACCGCCACCGCCAUCGACGGCGAGGCCGUGGUCUGCGGCGAAUACGAGUCGAUGCGCGCGAUCCGCGCCGUCGUGCCCGACUUCGCGCCAGCGCCUGUCGCCUGGGGCACGUACCGCAGCGACGCGGGCGCGCACUUCAUCCUCAGCGCGUUCCGCGACAUGGCGCCCGCGGUGCCGACGUCGGCGGUGGGGCCGAGUCCCACCACCGCCCCAUCCGACAACGCCAUGCCGUCGCCGGAGCGGUUCGCGGCGCGGCUGGCGGCGCUGCACGAGGGCAGCGAGCCGCCACCCGCGGGCCGCUUCGGGUUCCAUGUGAGAACGGGCGCCGGCGUGCUGCCGCAGCACGUCGCGCCCUGGGAGGACAGCUGGGAGGUCUUCUUCGCGCGCAGCCUCCGGCAGUCUCUCGACCUCGAGGCUGCGCGUCGCGCUGCUGCGGGCAGGACCCCCUGGGGCUCAAAGAUGGAUGCUUUGGCUGCGCUGCUGUUCGACCGUGUCAUCCCCCGCCUGCUGCGGCCGCUUGAGUCGAAUGGCCGCUCAGUCAGGCCUGCGCUGGUGCAUGGUGAUUUGUGGCAUGCGAAUACCGGGGUCGAUGCGCACACUGGAGAGAGUUUAGUUUUUGACGCGUGUUCGUUUUAUGCGCAUAAUGAAUAUGAGUUUGGCCAGUGGCGGCCGGCGUGCAACCGGUUCGACAAGAGAUACCUCGACGCCUACCAUCAAUUAGUUGCAAAGUCGGAGCCCGUCAAGGACUACGACGGGCGCCUAGAUCUCUACAAGCUGAAAUUCAACACACACGUUGCUGCGCUGUUCGUCGAGGACGAGUCUCUCCAUGAACAGAUGAUGAAUGACAUACGGGACUUGGUGGAGAGAUAUGGCAACGAGGAUGACAUGCAAGAAGACGAGGAGGAAGAGGAGAGCUCGAUAUAUGAGUCCCGUUCUCCUAGUAGCGGCAACAAUGAGCUGGAAUUCCGGCAAGCCUUCAGCCUGCUCUGCCGCACAAACCUCUAGUAAUACUCCGAAUUAAUGAGUGUAACGUUAAUUAGCUGCCUGAGGAAAAAAUGUCUCAGCUGUCAGGAACAUACCUUAUCCCCCACACUAAGGACAAAGGCUGCAAAGAUUGGGGGCGUGCAGUGUCACCAUCCCCGCCUUAGCUGCCUAUAGAUCAGAAGUCGAGAUAGUUAGUUAAAGUUGUACGACCAUGGCCAACGCGAAGCGGCUAGCGGCUCCUACAGUCGGCUGUGUUCAGAGUGGUGCCAGGUGUGGUGGCAACAAGCGCCUACUGAUUCAA